AUGGCUGCGGAUCUUGGAGCUGUUGCCCAGCUCCUUGAAGCAAGCUUGGACCCAAGGCAAAACAAACAAGCUGAGGCUACUCUUCGCCAGGAGGAACAGAAACCCGGCUUUUCUUUGCAGCUCCUCCAGAUCACGGCAUCUACUUCCUACCCCUACAACACCCGCCUCGCCAGUGCUUUAUGCUUCAAGAACUUUAUUAAGCGAAACUGGACUGAUGAGGAUGGCAACUACAAACUUCAGCUGGACGAGGUUGCGACAAUCAAGCGGGAGCUGAUCAGCUUGAUGAUUUCUGUUCCGGCAGGUAUCCAGUCUCAGUUAGGUGAAGCUGUCAGUGUGAUUGCAGAUAGUGACUUCUGGGAGCGAUGGGACACCCUUGUGGAUGAUCUUGUUUCAAGACUUCAGCCAAAGAACCCGGCCGCCAAUAUCGGGGUACUACAAGUCGCACAUUCAAUCUUCAAAAGAUGGAGACCAUUGUUCCAGUCAAAUGAGCUGUAUACAGAGAUCAAUCACGUUCUGAACAAAUUCGGAAACCCAUUUCUAGCUCUCUUCGAGGGCUUGGAUUCAUUCCUCGAGGAAAAUCGGUCGAACAAAGAAAAUCUCAUCCAGGGGUUUACGCAAUUCAAUCUGAUGGUGAAAUUGCUGUUCGACCUCUCUUGUCAUGAUCUUCCUCCUAUGUUUGAAGAAAACCUCUCAGGGAUAGCUUCGCUCUUGCUUAAAUAUUUGACAUAUGACAACGCCUUGCUUCACACAGACGACGACACUGAGGCCGGCCAAUUAGAAUUCGUGCGGGCUGGGAUUUUCGAGGCCCUGACGCUGUAUGUGCAGAAGUACAUGGACGUAUUCAGCUCCCAUGUCGGUCAAUUUGUGCAGAGCUCGUGGAGCUUCCUGACGACGAUUGGCCAAGAAACAAAAUAUGAUAUUCUGGUCAGCAAAGCGCUUCAAUUUUUGACUUCAGUUGCGGGUAUGCCAGAACAUGCCUCGGUCUUCCAGGCAGAAGAGACCCUUGGCCAAAUCGUUGAGAAAGUGGUCCUACCAAACGUGAGUCUGCGUGAAUCAGAUGAGGAGCUUUUCGAAGAUGAGCCUAUUGAAUUUAUCCGGCGGGAUCUUGAAGGAUCGGAUAGCGAAACAAGACGGCGGGCUGCCACAGACUUCUUGAGACGGCUGGCAGAGCAAUUCGAGGGGCCAGUUACUAAGGUCGUUCUCAGAUACAGCGACCACUAUCUCGCUGAAUAUUCGAAGAGCCCCGCCACGAAUUGGAAGGCCAAGGACACUGCGGUUUAUCUGUUCUCUGCAAUUGCGGCCAAGGGAGUUGCCACAGCAAGUCACGGUGUCACUGCCACAAAUCCCCUUGUCAGCAUCACCGACUUCUUCCAAAAGAACCUCGCUGCGGACCUGGUUGUCGAUGAAAGUGCACACCCUAUCCUCAAGGUGGAUGCAAUCAAGUACCUUUACCUCUUCCGCAGUAUCAUCACGAAAGACCAGUGGCAAGAAGUUCUUCCUUUGCUGGUUAAGCAUCUCGGUUCUCCGAACUUUGUUGUCUAUACUUAUGCAGCUAUCGCUGUCGAAAGAGUGCUUUACCUUGCAGACAGCCAAGGUCAACCGAUUAUCGCUCCCGCCACUGUCACUCCUCUAGCGAAAGAUCUUUUGCAGCACAUUUUUUCAUUGAUCCAGAAGGACCCUGCCCCUGAGAAGGUGCAGGAGAAUGAAUUUUUGAUGAGAUGUGCUAUGAGAGUCCUGAUUGUCAUCAAAGAAGACGUGGUCCCAUAUACAGACAUUGUUCUUCAACAUCUCAUUAACAUCACUGAUGUCAUCAGCAAGAAUCCAAGCAACCCCCGCUUCUAUUAUUUCCACUUUGAAGCUAUGGGCGCAUUUAUUAGAUUCGCUGCACCGGCCAAUCCUGAGAAGCUCGAACAAGCGCUCUACCCACCUUUCGCGAAUAUCCUUCAAGGCGACGUUCAAGGUAUUGUGCAAUCAGAAAGGAACAGGGGGUUAGGGACAAGUUUGAGUGCUAAUGUUUGUGCAGAAUUCAUGCCAUACGUCUUCCAGCUCUUUGCGGCUCUUUUGGAAGCCAACCCUUCGGGAUCCCUUCCCAACUACUACCAGAACCUGAUCGCUCCCAUGCUUAUGCCUGUUAUGUGGGAGUCGAAAGGCAACAUUCCUGCCCUUGUCCGUCUACUUUCUUCUAUUAUCCCUCGUGGUUCUCAGUUCAUCUUGGAAAACCAGCAACUGGUCCCUAUCCUUGGUAUCUUCCAAAAAUUGCUUUCCACCAAAGCCAAUGAAGGCUUUGGAUUCGACCUUUUGGAGAGUGUCGUUGAAAACUUCCCACCCACGGCACUAGAGCAGUACUUCGUUUCUAUCAUGCAGGUCAUCCUCACCCGCCUUCAAAACUCCAAGACCGAGCAUCUCACUCUCAGAUUUGUCCGCUUCUAUCACUUCAUCUCCGCUCAUGACGACAAGGGCUAUAGUGCGGACUACUUUAUCCAAGUUACAGAUAAAGUCCAAGCAGACCUUUUCACCCCCAUCUAUCUCAACAUCAUUCUCCCUGAAACACAGAAACUCGCACGUCCAUUGGAUCGCAAGACAGCCGUGCUGUCUUUCACAAAGACCCUUGCGAACUCAGAAGCGUUUGCAAACAGAUACAAGAAGGGAUGGGCCUUCACAUGUGAGGCUUUACUGAAGUUGUUGGAGCUUGCCCCUCUUCCCGCCAGCAAGGAUGACAUCAUUGCCGAACAUGACGUUGAGGAUAUGGCUUUCGGAGUGGGUUUCACAGCACUGAACACCGUGCGGCCACAACCCAGGGACCCAUGGCCCGACACGGGCGCUGAUCUCAAGGCUUGGGUUGGCAGAUACCUGAAGGAGGCCGACAAGAAACAUAAUGGACGGGUCUCUGCGUGCGUACAAGAGCGCCUGGGAGCCGAGGCGCGGACAGUGUUGAGCAGCUACAUUGCAUGA